UCAGAGCAUUCAUAUUAAACUGAGAGAGUGAGAAACUGAGGAAUUUUAGAGCGGCAGCUGAUCAUCAUCAGUGAGCAAAAUGGGUAUUUCCAGGGACUCUAUGCACAAGAGGCGCGCCACUGGUGGCAAGAAGAAAGCUUGGAGGAAGAAGCGAAAGUAUGAGCUUGGUCGUCAGGCAGCAAAUACCAAGAUCUCGAGCAACAAAACUGUAAGGAGAAUUCGUGUUAGAGGUGGCAAUGUGAAGUGGAGGGCCCUGAGAUUGGAUACUGGGAACUUUUCUUGGGGUAGUGAGGCUGUUACUCGCAAGACUCGUAUUCUUGAUGUCGUUUACAAUGCCUCAAACAACGAACUUGUUAGGACACAGACUCUUGUGAAGAGUGCAAUUGUUCAGGUGGAUGCUGCUCCUUUUAGGCAAUGGUAUCUACAGCACUACAAUGUUGAUAUCGGGAGGAAGAAAAAGACAGCUGCAAAAAAGGAUGCCAAGGAUGCUGCUACAGAGGAGGCAGAUGGCACCACAGAAGAAACCAAAAAGAGCAGCAAUCUCCUGAGGAAGCUUGAGAAGCGCCAGAAAGAUCGUACUCUUGAUUCCCACAUCGAAGAGCAGUUCAGUGGUGGUAGGUUGUUGGCUUGCAUUUCUUCCCGCCCAGGCCAAUGUGGAAGAUCUGAUGGGUACAUUUUGGAGGGGAAAGAAUUAGAGUUUUACAUGAAGAAACUCCAGAGGAAGAAGGGAAAGGCAGCUGGUGCUGCUGCAUAAAACCUUUGUUUUGCUACUACCAACAGGAUACGGCAUAUAUGCAACCAUCUGAGAUAAUUUACAACAGCCAAAGUCAUGCUUGUUUCAUUUUAGGCAUCAUUGAUGAGUGUUUGAGAUUUUGCUCUGUCCGGCUUUUACUUUUAUAUGAUUCUUUACAUUGGUACUACAUUUCACCUUGACAAUUAAUUCUGAUUUCAAUGAAUGUUUGGACACUUAUUCCUUGCCAUGUUUAA